UCAAUCUAGUCCGUGUGUGUUUUUCUCUUCCACCACACUGGAGCUCCAUGAAUAGGGAAAGGGGCUUCCAUUGUGUCCCUCUGAACUUCCAAGUCAAUGCAAUUUUUAACCACUGGCUUGUGGUACUUUGAAAAUCACCAGGGGCUGUCAGAGUUGGGUCCUCUGAAAAAUUUACAGUGCUAAAUCAGAGCAUAUGCUGGGAGGGAAAAAAUUGCUUAAGAUUGGAGCAAGUACAGUAUCUGUCUGCCCCCUAGUGUAAGAGUCCUCGCUGCCUAAAAUUCAACUUUAAAAGAAAAGGAGCUCUUAAAGGGAAACGACUUUGAGCUCACGUAGGCAUAGCAGAAUGAAAGUUCUGUACAUUUUAAUCUAAAUAAUUCUUCCGGAUUUAAAAUUAAUUGGCUCUGGCUUGGUUGGACCGGACUCGGAUCUCGCCACCUCUGCGCUUCCCGAGUCACUGGCGGAGAGGUGAUGAUUUUUUUUUUUCCCCCUGAACUGGGUUUAUGUGCGUCCCCCCUCACCCCCUCCUCUCUUUUUCUUUCUCUGUCUCUGUCGUCUCUCUCGCUGGCUUUUUAAAAAUGAGGAACCGUUCCUUGAACGUUCUGGACAGAGGACAGAAUUGCUUCUUAAGUCAGCCCGACGCGGUUGCAAUAGACAGCAAAAAGGUAAACGUUUGCCUGAAAUCCGCACGCCAGCUCCACCACCCCGCCCGAUGGUGUCUGAGUGUAGAGAAAAGCAGGAAGAAAAGCCUGGUUGCUGUUUGCCCUAAAGCUUCAGCGGAUGGAGAACCGAAUGUUAUCUUCCAGCCUCACCAGGUCGCAUUUCCUUUGGGAUUGCUCCUGACUACGCCGUCUCCAUGCCAGCGGCGGGCAGUCGCGAGGCCGACCUUCACGGGACCGCUGGGCGCGUCUGCAGCAAAGAGGAAUCUGCUCCUUCCCCCUUGGACUUCACUGAGCCGGAAAACUACAAGAAUGUUCUUUGCCUCACGAUGUGGGGAAUGUUCUUUCGUUAGCGGUUCAGACAGUGAUACGAUUUCUUCAGAGCCUUGUCUACACCUGUGUAAGGGCAAUAAAGAUGAAAAACAAAAAGUGCACGCCGCACAUCACCAAGAAUCAAUGGUUGUGUCUGGCAGUGUAACUGAGAAAGACUUUGGAAUGUGAGUGGACGGCAUGAGGAGCAGUUUUCCCUCCCACACCUGCAGAAAUGCACUGACAUUAAACACACAUGUACCAAGAGCACAUGUGCAAGGCUCAGUCUUAGACAGAUGUGACCAGUGGUUGGACGAGACCUUUGGAUAAGAUUCUCCCAGGACUCCAAUGUGCUGAGGUUGGGAAAUGCUCAGGCAUCCUCCAGGCACAGUUGGCUGUGUUGCUAAUAAGAUUACCGCCGGGCCCGAUCUCAUUCCAUGAAAUAUUUUCAUCAUCAGGAUGGAGAAAAUUAUUGUGCACCAUUCCCAAAACAGAAACAUUUUCAGGUACGAGUCCCAAAAGACGUUACGGGUCUUUGCUACCUGUUGUUUGGGAUUGUGCAAGAGGGUCCAAAAUACCUGGGUAAGAGGUCAUUGGUCUGUCUUCUCCAGGAACUUCCCCAGGGCUGUGGUCUCUGCCUCUGUUAAGGCAAAAAUAUGAGCCAAUGUGCAUCUGGCCAAUUAUGCAAGCCUCCGUCACGAGGGGAAAUUCCUUCCUCACCCCAGCUGGUGAACAGUUAUGCCCUGGAGCCCAGGACGGACAUGCCUUGUAACUUUUUAACCUAGUUAGUGUAACUGCCAAUAUUUUUCCUAUUCAUAUAAAUGUCUAAUCCUUUCUCGAAUCUUGCUAGACUAUUUGCCCCAAUAAUAUCCCGCAGCUGUGAAUUCCACAGGUAGAUUAUACGCUGUUUUAAAAAGUAUUUCCUUUUAU